GCUCAACUUUGUAGUUUGAAUUGUUCCAUCUUCAUUAAACAUGGCUCUCCAAGCUUCUGCAAAAUCCAUAUUUUGCAUUAUACUCUCCCUUCUACCUAUCGUUUCAUUAGCCAAAAGUUUGUAUCCUCCACUUUACGCUGAUUUAGAUGCAAUCAUACCUACACUAAAGCAUUAUAUCCCUUACGCUCUCGCUCUAAUUCCUCUAUUCUUCUUCAUUUUCCGCUCACUUUUCACCUCUUCAACUUCCCUCCCUCCUGGCCCACUCGCUCUUCCCAUAUUUGGAAAUUGGCUACAAGUAGGGAAUGACCUGAACCACCGUCUCCUAGCUUCCAUGUCCCAAACCUAUGGCCCCGUUUUCCUCCUCAAGCUUGGUUCCAAAAACUUAGCCGUGGUAUCUGACGCUGAACUUGCCACCCAAGUCCUGCACACACAGGGUGUAGAAUUCGGCUCUCGUCCCCGUAAUGUUGUCUUCGACAUCUUCACUGGGAAUGGACAGGACAUGGUGUUCACCAUCUACGGUGAUCACUGGCGUAAAAUGCGCCGUAUCAUGACACUUCCGUUCUUCACUAACAAGGUGGUGCACCAGUAUAGUAGUAUGUGGGAGGAUGAGACGGAUGCCGUGGUGGCUGACCUGAAAAAAGACGAGAAGGCGAAGAACGAAGGAGUCAUUGUAAGGAAACGGCUGCAGCUGAUGCUGUACAAUAUCAUGUACAGGAUGAUGUUUGAUGCAAAGUUCAAGUCAAUGGAAGACCCCCUAUUCAAGGAGGCGACGAGGUUCAAUUCCGAGAGAAGCCGGUUGGCUCAGAGUUUUGAAUACAACUACGGUGACUUCAUUCCAUUGCUUAGACCCUUUUUAAAAGGGUACUUGAACAAGUGCAAAGAUUUACAGAGCAGGAGGCUGGCAUUUUUCAACAACAACUUUGUUCAGAAAAGGAGGGAAAUAAUGGCUGCCAAUGGGGAGAAGCACAAGAUAAGCUGUGCAAUUGAUCAUAUCAUUGAUGCUGAGAUGAAAGGAGAAAUAACAGAAGAGAACGUGCUUUACAUUGUCGAAAACAUUAACGUGGCGGCUAUAGAAACAACUCUCUGGUCAAUGGAGUGGGCUAUAGCGGAGCUGGUAAACCAUCCAACUGUCCAACAGAAGAUCCGGGAUGAGAUCUCUACGGUGCUGAAAGGGCAGCCAGUCACAGAAUCCAACCUGCUUCAACUACCAUACUUGCAAGCAACAGUAAAGGAGACAUUAAGGCUACAUACCCCCAUUCCAUUGUUGGUACCACACAUGAACCUGGAAGAAGCAAAGCUCGGAGGCUUUAGCAUCCCUAGGGAGUCUAAAGUGGUGGUCAAUGCCUGGUGGCUGGCUAACAACCCCAAGUGGUGGAGGAAACCGGAGGAGUUCAGGCCAGAGCGGUUCUUGGAAGAAGAAAGCAGCACAGACGCAGUUGCUGGAGGGAAAGUCGAUUUCAGGUUCUUACCGUUUGGGAUGGGAAGGCGUAGCUGCCCAGGGAUCAUCCUUGCACUGCCUAUCCUGGGUCUCGUGAUUGCAAGUCUGGUCACAAAUUUUGAAAUGAAAACUCCACCAGGAACAGAUAUGAUCGAUGUGAAUGAAAAGGGAGGGCAAUUCAGCUUGCACAUAGCAAACUUUUCCACUGUUGUAUUCAAGCCUAUCAAUGCAUGAUCCAGUGCGAUCAUCAGGCAAUUACUCCCAUAAUUGCCUCAGAUUUCUGUUUUCUAUAUUUCUCCAGAAAUAAUGUGUGAUUACAUAAACAUGCAAAAGUUAUAUAUGUUCUACAACAAAAAGCAUUCUUACUUCCACAUGAAAUUUGUAGAUGAACAGGGGAGAAUUUUCCUAUGACUGGGGAAGAGUAUCAUAAGAUUUCAUGGAUAAAUAUUUUCACAAGUU